UAAUUGACUGCACCACCCAGGUACCCCUAUAAUGUCCAACUUUUAAGAAAAAGUCAGGUUUUUUCCCUUUUGAUAAAGUUGCCCUUUUUAAAUACUGCUUUUGUUAAAAAAAUUUACUUACCUAGUAUAAAGUAAAAGUAAAGUCAUUGAGGAACAAAAGUAAUUUUCCCUAAGAUUGAUACUGAAAAAAUGGAAAAAAAAAUGAUAAGAGGUAUUUUAUUUUAUUAGGAGAGAUUAUAAAAACUAUUCCUUUUAGCUUAACAAAUUGAUAUGUAUAAAUUCCACCCAAACCCAUAAAAUUAUCAUUUAGUUAACACUAUCACAUACUUAUUCUGGGUCAGACACUAACUCAGAGAGUAGUUGCCUCAUUUCACAAAAUUAGAGUUUAAUAUGGGAAAAUUGAAGAAUAAACUUGACUUUUGUGUAUUAUGUUUCUCCUUAUGUUCUAUUCAUAUCUUCCUCCAUUGAUUCAGUAAUAGCAAUGCAUAAUUUUCCCACAAACUUCAUCCUUAUAUGUAGAGAAAAUGUUGAUAAAAUAUUCUUCUAAUAAAGCAUUUUCUUGCAAAUAUAAACUUUAUUCAAAUCUUACUAACACUAUAUAAGUUCUUAUAGGAGAGUUGCAAGUUUUUCAUACAAAAUUUUUAACUCCAACCUUUGUAAGAUAGAGAAAAUCUUUGCUGAGCUUCUUAGGAAAAGAGGAAAAGGUGCCUUCAGUAACUUGGUAUUUAAGUCAAACCAAAAGUACCACCUUACUAUGUCAUUAACUACAGGAACAGCCUGAAAUAUAUGUAUGUCACAUGUACCUUUUUUCUCUCUCUUUUACUGUGACAUCACCUGGGGAAAUCCAGAAGAUUGGAUAACCAAGAAAUGCCUAAUCAAGAUUCUGCUGUACAUGUGAAAAUGGGUAGAAGAAAGAAACAAUAUUUAACAUUAAAUUGUUGAGCAACACUAAAUCCUGAAUAAACCAGCCUAGUAGCUGCCUAAGCCCAGAUGCCUGAAUUCCAGAGAAGUUCAGUUCGGAUUAAGAACCCUGCAAGAGUAGAAGAAAUUAUCUGUGGUCUUAUUAAGGGUGGAGCUGCCAAACUUCAGAUAAUAACAGACUUUGAUAUGACACUGAGUAGAUUUUCCUAUGAAGGGAAAAGAUGCCCAACAUGUCAUUAUGUCAUUGACAACAGUAAGCUGGUUACAGAUGAAUGUCGAAAAAAGUUACUGCAACUAAAGGAAAAAUAUUAUGCUAUUGAAAUUGAUCCUGUUCUUACCAUAGAAGAGAAGUACCCCUAUAUGGUAGAAUGGUAUACUAAAUCACAUGGUUUGCUUGUUGAACAAGCUUUACCAAAAGCUAAACUUAAAGAAAUUGUGGCGGAAUCUGAUGUUAUGCUCAAGGAAGGGUAUGAGAAUUUCUUUGAUAAGCUCCAAGAAUACGGUAUCCCUGUGUUCAUAUUUUCGGCUGGUAUUGGUGAUAUACUAGAGGAGGUAAUCCAUCAAGCUGGGGUUUAUCACCCGAACAUCACUGUAGUGUCCAACUUCAUGGAUUUUGAUGACAAUGGAGUGCUGAAAGGAUUUAAAGGCGAACUAAUUCAUGUAUUUAACAAACAUGAUGGUGCCUUGAAGAACACAGAAUAUUUCAAUCGACUAAAAGACAAUAGCAACAUCAUUCUGUUGGGAGAUUCCCAAGGGGACAUAAGAAUGGCAGAUGGAGUAGCCAAUGUUGAACACAUCCUGAAAAUUGGAUAUCUAAACGAUAGAGUGGAUGAGCUUUUAGAAAAGUACAUGGACUCUUACGACAUUGUUCUAGUAAAAGACGAAUCACUGGAUGUAGCCAACUCCAUCUUACAGAAGAUUCUGUAAACAAGCAUUCUUCAAGAAGACCUCUCUCCUGUGGGUGCGGCUGAUGCGAGAACUGCUCACCUAUUCAUCUUGCUGAAAGACGUUUAUUUAUACGUUCUUGCUCUUGAAGUUUUUUUCUCUCCAUUACUGAGGUAUUUUUGGACAUACUGAAUCCAUCAACUGGAAGCUCCUUUUUUUUCCCCACCUCUCUCAACACACUCCUCAACUCUAUUUUUUAACAGAUUGAAAAAGAAAAUCGUAAAGCCAAAAUUUGAAAAAUAACUCCCUGCAUUUCCAGAGUGAAUUUUUUAGUAUAAUGUUAUCAUGAGGUUUUUGAGGAAACUUUUUAUUCUGGGGAAGUUUGUAUAAGUUUAAAAAGAAGUUUUAUGAAAUGGUGAAAUAAUGUGCAUGAUUUUAACUGUUGCCAUUUUUGUAAUUGGGGUGAAUUAUGCUGAUAAUAUCACCGUCUCCUGAAAUUAUAUUAUAUUUGGUUAUUCUGUUUCGUGAAAGUCAGUAUUUACCAGAAAAUAUUGGCACUCAGUGUUUGAAGAAAACCAUCUGUAUCCACAUGUCACUAGUCAUUACAAAAUGUUCUAUAUUGAAGCACUGAUAAUACAUAUGAAAUGAAAAGCCUUUUUAAAUUA